CACGGGCUCUAGGGCGGUGUCGGGUUUCCGUCGAGCAAUCCUUCUAAGAUUGCCUCAGAGUGACCAGCUUGACUGGGCGGCAAGUUCAGGACGCGCAGGCUUUGAUCCCGCUGGUGAUGAGAUGGGGACCGGACAGUCUGUGUGCUUCCCAGCCAUCUCAGGACCCCACCAUGUUGGCUGCACAGAUGUGAUGGAGGGUCAGAGUCCUGAGGGGAGCUUCUUCCGACUCUUCUACCCCUGCCAAGCAUCAGAGAAGUACGAGCAGCCCCUGUGGAUUCCCCGCUAUGAGUACUGCUUGGGCCUGGCUGACUACCUGCAGUAUAACAAGCGCUGGGUGGGGUCUCUGUUCAACCUGGGCUUCGGAUCUUGUCGCUUGCCUGUUAGCUGGAAUGGCCCCUUUAAGACAAAGGAAUCUGGAUACCCCUUGAUCAUCUUGUCCCAUGGCCUGGGAGGCUUCAGGGCACUGUACUCGGCCUUCAGCAUGGAGCUGGCCUCCCGGGGCUUCGUGGUUGCUCUCCCGGAGCACAGGGACCAGUCAGCUUCGACCACCUACUUCUGCAAGCAGACCCCGCAAGAGAGCCAGCCCACUGAAUCGCUGGAGGAGGAAUGGAUCCCUUUCCGCCGAAUCAAGGAAGGGGAGAAGGAGUUCCACGUUAGGAAUCCCCAGGUUCACCAGCGGGUGAGAGAGUGCGUGCGGGUGCUGCAGAUCCUGCAGGACGCCUCUGGCGGGAAGACGGUCCUCAAUAUCUUUCCUGAUGGAUUGGACCUGAUGACCCUGAAGGUACGACAGCAGUUGGGAUGGCCCAGAGCUACCCCUUCCUCACAGCCUUACUGGCUCACAGCCACCAAGAGCACCGGGAGACAUCAG